AUGACGAAAGACGUUUCUCGUCGUUCGAGCGCCGCAGGCUCGGCGCGUGGAGAUAGCAACGACGUGGAAGUGCGGCAACCCAGCGACGCCCCGCUCAAUUUUCCCCCCAAAAUCCCGCCGCCCGAGGAGUCGAACGGACCUAUAAAUUCAAGUGCGCUGGAUUCAGGAGCCGCUAUAUCACAACCGAUGACCGCAACGAAUUCCAAUGCUUCGACCCCGUCCAUGAAGGAUAUUGGUUCUGCGGCACCAUAUGGCACUCGGUCACGUAACAGGACAGGAACCUCACGGCCGAAUUAUGCUGAGGAUAAGGAGCUGGAUACGGAGUUUGAGGCGCCCUCAACAGCGAAAGACAAUACCGGGCGCAAGGCACGAGCUACCGACUUGAACGCAUCAGAUGUCGGGAAGCCAGCAAAUUCUAGUCGCAAGGGCGCUGCGCCUGAAGGAGAUCAACUUGCUACAUUGCAGAAUCAUUCGAGAGAUCCGAUACCGGGUACUUCAACUUUCUCAGCUAACCCCGCAACUACGGCUGUACCAACCCAGUCAAAAAAGAGAAAGGUAGCAGCUCAAUCUACGACCAACCAGACCCAACAGGGCCCCUCGCAAACUACACUUCCUGUCCAGACAGUGACUCGUCGAGCCAGUAUGGCUGCGCAGGUCGCCGCUGGCUUUCGGGAAACGAACAUGCUCACCUUCGAGAACUGCGGCGGGCGGUUGAAUGGGAAGAAGCUUGUAGCGGAUGAUGGCACAAUUCUCGAAGUUAAUGAUCAUGUAUAUUUGGUCUGUGAACCGCCUGGAGAACCUUAUUAUCUUGGUCGAAUCAUGGAGUUUCUUCAUAUCAGCAAUGACAAUACACAGCCUAUCGAUGCCCUCCGCCUGAAUUGGUAUUACAGGCCGAAAGACAUUGGACGUAAAGUUAACGAUACCCGCCAAGUCUUCGCAUCUAUGCACUCUGACAUUAGCCCUCUCACUGCACUCAGAGGGAAAUGCCAAAUUAAGCACAAGAGUGAAGUAGAUAAACUGGAUGAAUUAAGGAAAACAAAGGACUGCUUUUGGUAUGAGAAGCUGUAUGAUCGCUACAUACAUCGAUUUUACGAUGUCAUACCAACUAGUCAGGUUAUCAACGUUCCUACGGACGUUAAAAAGGUCCUUGAUGAACGUUGGAGAUUCAUUAUUGUAGAACCUGGCCGAGGCAAAGAAUUGACCAGCGCUGUGAAGUCGUGUAAGAGAUGCAAUAAGUACUGUGCAAGCAACGAUUCUGUCGAUUGCGCCGUGUGUCGGAAUACCUAUCACAUGAGUUGUGUGAAUCCACCUCUCUUGAAGAAGCCAUCUCGCGGUUUCGCCUGGGCUUGUGGUCCUUGCAGCAAGGCCCAGGAGAAGAAGCUUGAGGCUCGAAAUACGCCAAAUGUUACAGAUACUACAAUAGAAGCAGAAGAUGAAGAUUUCAACGAGGAGGAGGAAGACUCCGCCGGUGUCGUUGGAGAAGCUCUCGACACUGGGCGAACCAGUCCAUCUACUGGCGCAGAUGUAUCAGUCAAUCCGGGAACAACGGAGCAGAUCCACCAAACAAGUCUAUGGCUUUUCCGCUAUCUCGGUAUGCACUGUAAGGUAGAAGAUGCUUUGGAUUAUGACGACCGAAUUUAUCCUCGUGCAAGCUCGCGCCUUGGUCCCCGACAUCAAGCUAAUAUCCCAAUAUGGCCCGGACGACCUGUAGAGUACGUCAAGCCAGCCGAAAUCAAGAAGAAGUACAUGAAAGGUAGUGGUCAUAAGAAGGACGCGAAGCUAUCCAAGGAGACGGUCGCUGCCUUGGAAGCCGACAAAAUCACGCGUGAGAAGCGUCCAAAAUGGGUAAUGGAUGAACCUCCUGGCUAUGUCCAUCGAGGGGAGGACUACGAUAAUGAUGAUCCAAAUAACACGGCAAAACUACUAUAUAAGCUUCCAGAACCAGGCCAGCUGUCUUUCCCUCUUCCUAAAGAUAACGAUGGUAACUACGAACGGCCCGACGAUAGCGCGCAAUCCGAGCGUGAGCGGUUCGUAUUCGAGUACUUGUGCCAUGCCAAAGAUAAGGCUAAUCCCGUCUACCAUUUGCCUGAAAUGUCUACCAACGUCCUUGAUGUCGCCCUACAAACGCUACAAUCAAAUGGGUAUGACAUCGAGAAGGCGCUCCGAGUCAUGAUAAACCACGACAAAGGCGUGUUUAAAGAGCCUGAACUCAGCCCGACAGAACUGAAGAAAUUCGAAGAUGGGGUCUCAAAAUAUGGCUCUGAGUGGCACAGCAUCAAAAAGCAUGUCAAAACGGUCAGCGCUGCAAACAUAGUCAGAUUUUACUACACGUGGAAAAAGACCGAGCGAGGAAAGCAUAUAUGGGGUAACUACUCUGGCAGGAAAGGCAAGAAAGAGGCAAAAAGAGCAGAAGCUACAUCUGGGAAGCUCCAAGAUGAUGUUGCCGACGAAUAUGAUGAUUCUGCCUUUGACAACGACAAAGCAUUCGAGAAGAAGCGGGGUUUCCAGUGCAAAUUUUGUGGGACACGAAGCUGCCGGCAGUGGAGGCGAGCUCCUAACACCCCUGCCGGUACCAUGAUCAUAGAGCCCUCAGCGACCAAACCUUCCGGGAAAGACAAAGGUACCCAACUCAUGGUAGCCCUCUGUCAGAGAUGCGCGGAGCUCUGGCGUCGUUACGCAGUUCAGUGGGAAGACGUAGACGAAAUGGCUAAGAAGAUCGCGCAGGCCGGGGGUAGGGCAUGGAAGCGGAAGAUUGAUGAAGAACUCCUGAAAGAACUUGUUGCUGCCAAUGAAACCAUGAACCACUCAGCAAAUAUUACUCCAGUGGCUCCUACUUCGGCUGGGGGGACACCAGCUCCAGCAGUUUUAAAUACUCUAUCGGGUGCGGAACCGCCAAGGAAGAAAGUAAAGGCUGCUUCUGACAAGGACUCAAACGACUCAGCCCUAGAGUCUGGAGCUGUUGUGACCUCGGGGCAAAAGAAAAAGGUGGUGCCGGAGAAGCCAGCACCACCACCCAUCCCCGAACCACCCAAACCGAAGUUGUUACCCUGUGCGAUAUGUGGCGAAAUGGAGCCUAUGGGUGACCAACAUGUAUCGUGCAAGGAGUGUCGACUGACCGUACACCGUAAUUGCUAUGGUAUCAUGGGCGAGAGUCGGACUCCCAACAAAUGGGUCUGUGACAUGUGUUCGAACGACAAGAACCCCCAAGUGUCGAUACAAUAUAAAUGCAUGCUCUGCCCUGUAGAGUACACCGAGCAUGAUUUCGUCGAACCACCUAAAAUAUCACACAAGAAAAAAUCAGAGAAAGAACGCGAGCGUGAUCGUCUAGAGCGAGAAAGUGCACAGAAAGAUGCUGACUUCUUCCGUAAGAAACAAGAGGAACUGAAUAAACCUGUCAAUCCUCGGGAACCUCUCAAGCGUACAGCUAACAAUAACUGGGUUCAUGUUACGUGUGCAGUAUUUACGCCAGAGGUAAAAUUUGGGAAUGCGAAGGCUUUAGAGCCGUCAGAAGGCAUCCCCUCUAUUGCUUCUGCGAGAUACGAUGAAACCUGCAAGGCAUGCAAGAAGAAAGGCGGUGCGUGCGUGGCAUGUCAUUCCUGUCGAGCUCCAGUCCAUGUUGAGUGUGCACACCAAGGUGGCUACAUCCUGGGAUUUGAUAUCGCGCCUGUGAAAGGCUCUCGCCGAGACCUGGUUAAUAUUGUGAGUAUAAAUGGCGAGGCAGGCACAAUGUCGGCUGCAAUCUGGUGCAAGGAACAUGGACCCACAAAGACCAUUGUGCAUAAAAUGAACGACAUCGUCGACGAAACGGGUCUCAAUGCUCUGCAACUCUAUGUGCAGAACUUCAAACAGGCGGAUUUAACGUUGACUGGAACCGUGAGGAAGGCGACUCUUGUCAAUCAAUCCACAAAAAUCGUCAAUACUACGCCUCUUACUCAAACACCAAAUCGUAGGACUUCUACGGCCACAGGUGCUAAUGGGCAUUCCAUUCCCGCUCGUGGUUCUGUUUCUCACGCUAGGGCCGAGGAAUCCUCAGAUGUAUCGUCAAUGAGCACUGUCACUGCAGAGAAGAUCUGUGCCACAUGCGGAAUCGAUGUUAGUCCCAAGUGGUGGUCAUUCCCUCCUAUCGCCACGAGCGAAGUCGCUUCCAACGGUGACUUGCGCACCAACGGAGACCACGCUACUUCGAAUGGGUCGUACCUCAAUGAAGGCCAAGCUCUUUUGGGCUCUCUUGGCGAAGAUGAUGGAAGUCAUGCGGCUCUGGCUGCUGCAGCAUUGCACCAAAAUACACAAGUUGCGCCACCCGAGCCCACGGAAUUUCAGUGCCAUCAAUGUCACUGGAAGAAAGUGCAAAAGGAGCCGUCUCCUCCACCAGCAGUGAUACAGCGAGAAAGUUCGGGGCCUCCAAUCAGUGCGCCUCCCACUACUACCAAUGCUCCCAUUCCAGAUCCAGAUGCCGUUCAAGAGAGACCUCAUUAUGCAUGGCCUGCUCCGCCAUCAUACCCAUCUAACGGAUCUUACAACAAUUGGUCCCGCCAUUCACCCGUAUCCCAGGGAGGUACGUCUAUUAAUCAACUAAAUGGAAACCACUCGCCUGCUACCACACCUGCAGCACCUCAAUCAUUAAAUGGACAGCCCCAGGUCAGACAGUCGAGUUACAACCAGCCACAGUCCCCUCACCAGAAUGGACACAUUGCUCAGGUUCCAAACGGCUACCCACCUUCACCACAUCGCAGCAUGGGGUCAUCGACGCUUCAUAUGCAAAACGGCACAUAUGCUUCAUAUGCUUCGACGCGACCAACACCGCAACAUUUGACCAAUGGUGGCCCUCCACCUCGUGCUCCCGAGCAUCCUUUCAGCAAUGCACCCAUGCGUCCCCGCUCAUCGGUUGGCCCGCCUCAAGGCAGUCCACCAAUGCACCACGAGGCUCAUCCCCCAACUCGAGAACCUCCGCAGCCUAGCAAUGCCCGGCAGAACGAUGGCCGAGUGAACGGCGGGGCAAGUGCAAGCCCUUCUUUGCGAAAUUUACUCUCUUGA